AUGACAAUCAUCAGCCUCAUCUCCUAUUUCGUGAUCCGGGUCUUGCUAGAGCUGCUAGGGCAGUCCUUGUUCGACGUUGCUUCAGAGGGCAAGGACCUGGUGACCUUUGACCAAGCCUCCAGUCUCGAGGGUGUGGAUGCUGUCCUGGAGGAAGGAGCCGCAAACCUUGAGGAGCUCAAAGUCAUUUGGGGAGAUCCCGAUGAGCCACUGGACUUCGAGGGCUUCAGUCGGUGGUACAAUGACGUGCUGAAGUUGUACGAUGCCUUCCUGUGGCAAGAUGCAGUUGCACCCCCGUCAGACGUUUUCGAAGAUGAUGAUCAGGGUCUGGAGGACAUGAGCAACCUCGAUGAUGAGCAACUUCUUGAAGAUCGCCCGGCCAUCGGGGUCAAAGUGGAAGGAUUGGACACCAAGCCUUUGAAGCCAAAGCAGCAGAUGAAGUAUGGAACACUGACCGACAAAGUUCCGGUGUACCAGAAGCCUCCGUGGAAGCUUGCAGAGGAGAUCAUCACAGGGAAGACAGAUGACGAACUGGAAGACUACAGUGUCGAGGAUGAGGAAGAGAAGCCAAGCACGGAAGGCCUGGCAUCUCCGUCAGCUGGAGGCGGAAGACAAAACGUGGAGAUCACCCAGCUUUUCCGACAGGCAUGCGACGAGAAGAAUCUGCUGUCCUUCGAAGCGCUGAAAGAAAUCUCGGAGUUUGAGGAUAUGUUGGAAAAGGAGGACCUCUCGGAGGAGGAGUUGGAGGAGAUGUGGGAUGAGCUGCCCAAGAAAAACGGGGACUUCAUUGAUGUGCUGGCCUUCAGGGACCUGCUGACCAAGGUUGACGAACUCUUUGAGUAUGUCGAAGAGGAUGAAGAGGAGGAUCCGGACCAGCAGGCCUUGAUGCAGGUAGAGGGCGGAGGUGGCAUGGCCAAAGCAAAGAAGCGCGGCUUGCAAACGGUCAAACAGGACCUGUUGGAUGCCAUUGCCAGGUUGGAGGCGAUGCAAGACAAGCCGGCUGGCCUGGGUUCUACUGAGGAAACCGACGGCGAAAUCGUAAAGCUCGCCGGUGAGCUGGAAGACGUGUGGCGUGAUCAGGUUGGUGACCUGAACGACUACGAUGGAAGCAAGUUUGAAGGGACAUGGGAGCUGAUCUACUCAACUUCGGUGAAGUUUCGAAGAUGGGGAUCAGUGCUAAACGCGGAGAGGAACAUCAAGAAUGCCGAGUUUGAGGCGCUUGUUCAGAAGUUCAGCCCUGGCGAUGAUAUUCAAUACGACAGCUUCAAUGAGUACGACAUGGAAGAGGUGUUUAAGGCCCCCAACGAAGAUGGCACUGAGCAGCUGGAGCUUUGCGCCAGGGGACAGGGCUCCUGGAAGCUGGGCCUUCAGCAGAACGUGGUUACGGGACAGGAGGACCUUGUUCUCAAGCUCGAAAUCACAAAUGUGGAAUAUGACACUCCCGAGGAUAGCGUCGAGUACGCCGGAGCCAAGACCAUGAUGAGUCCUAUGUGCAGGACUUUCAGCUACGGCUUCCUCGCCUACAUGGACGACGAUUACCGAGUCAUGCGGACAAGCCUGACGGGGCUGUCCCUCUACAUCUUUCAGAGAAUCAAAGACGAGGACGAGUAG